UAAAAUAAAAACAAAUUUGUAAGCAAAUUGGUUCUGUCGAAUAAUAAAUAAUAAUCACAAUGGAUCGGUAUAAAAGGGAACGUUCACCAUAUAGGCAGAGAAGAAGGGAACGUUUACCAUAUAGAGAAAGAAGAAAAGAACGCUCACCGCACAGGGAGAAUAGAAAAGAAAGAAGCCAUGUCCUGACAUACAAGCAACUGCAGAAAAUGCCGCUAAAUCUGCGUAAGAAAGCGGUACGAGAAGCCCGAAAUCGCCAAGAGAAAAUCCAGGGAAAACGUAAGGAGCGCAAAAGGAAUCCCCAGGAUGUUCCCACUGCCCGUCGUCUGCGCAACGACUUCGAUCGAUCCGAGCACAAUGCAAUGCUCGCCAGCACUGCCCAGGAACUGCGUAGAAUUCUGCAGGAUUUUGAGACACUCGCGGACAUUCCCCACGACAUAACACCCACGGAGCUUCGUGGGGAGAUAGCCAUCGCCGAGGGAAAGGCCACAACGAUCCAUGUGCAGCGAGAUGGACUCAGCACCCUCAAUGUGGUGCUCCACCAGCGCGAGCCGACGAUCGCACAGCUGAAGAGGGCAAUUGCUUUGAUCUCGCGCGCCCAACACAAGCGCAGCCAACGCGAGCGGUACGAAGAGCGUCUUCGGCGUCGGGGAAUCGCCGCCGACGACGACUCCGACGAUCGACAACCAGUUGUGGUGGCGGUGGCCAGCUCCACCGGCGAGUUAGUUCACUCCGCUCAGCGCAACGGGCAUGAUCAUCGCGCGUUCGUCUCGUGGCGAUUUCUAUGGCGCUGUUUUGGACUGCUAAACGUGGAUACCAAUCAGCCGAUCGACGACCGACGCUCCGGCGGCAGGGCCACCUUGAAGGAGCUGGGCAUUGAGAACGCCGCCACCCUGAAGUUUGUCCACCGCGUCAAGUAUUUCGGGCGUCAGCGACAGCGUUGA